AUGAGUCUACCGCUUACAAAAAAAGAUCUCAUGAUAGUCAAUAUGGGCCCUCAACACCCAUCAAUGCAUGGUGUUCUUCGACUGAUCGUUACUCUUGAUGGUGAGGAUGUUAUUGAUUGUGAACCCAUAUUAGGGUAUUUACACAGAGGAAUGGAAAAAAUCGCGGAAAACCGAACGAUUAUACAAUACUUACCUUAUGUAACAAGAUCUAACAGUUCAAGUACAGUUGAUAUAGUUGAAGCACAGUCAAAAUAUGGUUUUUUUGGAUGGAAUAUUUGGCGUCAGCCUAUAGGCUUUCUGGUUUUUUUAAUUUCUUCUUUGGCAGAAUGUGAAAGAUUACCCUUUGAUUUACCAGAAGCAGAGGAAGAAUUAGUAGCAGGUUACCAAACUGAAUAUUCCGGUAUCAAAUAUGGUUUAUUUUAUCUUGUUUCUUACCUAAAUUUAUUAGUUUCUUCUUUAUUUGUAACAGUUCUCUACUUGGGCGGGUGGAAUUUCUCUAUUCCCUAUAUAUCCUUUUUUGAUUUUUUCCAAAUGAAUAAAGCAGUUGGAAUUUUGGAAAUGACAAUGGGUAUAUUUAUUACAUUAACUAAAGCUUAUUUAUUUCUCUUCAUUUCUAUCACAAUAAGAUGGACUUUACCAAGGAUGAGAAUGGAUCAGUUAUUAAAUCUUGGAUGGAAAUUUCUUUUACCUAUUUCCCUGGGCAAUCUAUUAUUAACAACCUCUUCUCAACUUGUUUCACUAUAAAUAAGAUAAUACAAUAAUAGAUAGUAAGAAUAUUUUCAACACAAAAGCUCUCCCAAACAAGAGAAAGAAACAUAUCUUUUUCAUAGAUAUUUAGAAUGAAUAUGUUCCCUAUGGUAACUGGGUUCAUGAGUUAUGGUCAACAAACAAUACGUGCUACAAGGUACAUAGGUCAAAGUUUCAUAACUACCUUAUCCCACACAAAUCGUUUACCUAUAACGAUUCACUACCCUUAUGAAAAAUCAAUUACACCAGAGCGUUUCCGAGGGCGAAUCCACUUUGAAUUUGAUAAAUGUAUUGCUUGUGAAGUAUGUGUUCGCGUAUGUCCGAUAGAUCUACCCGUUGUGGAUUGGAGAUUUGAAAAGGAUAUAAAAAGAAAACAAUUGCUUAAUUAUAGUAUUGAUUUCGGAGUUUGUAUAUUUUGUGGCAAUUGUGUUGAGUACUGUCCAACAAGCUGUUUAUCAAUGACUGAAGAAUAUGAACUUUCUACCUAUGAUCGUCAUGAAUUGAAUUACAAUCAAAUUGCUUUAAGUCGGUUACCAAUCUCCAUAAUGGGAGAUUACACAAUUCAAACAAUUAGGAAUUCGUCUGAAAGUAAAAUAAACGAAGAAAAAUCUUCGAAUUCAAGAACGAUUACUGAUUACUAAACUUUGAUUUUGUCUUUUUGUUAUAAAAAUCUACUAAUUCUUUAUUAAACUAUAAAGAAAAACGAAUAACUACUGCUUAUUGGAAAUUUUUUCUUAUUUUAAAUCAGACUAGAUUUUGAUGAUAUAAUAUAGUUUAUAACUAUACAGUUUAUACACAAAAAAUACCCUAAUCCCUUUUUCCUUCCUCGAAUCCUUUAGUUUUAGUCAGUUCAUGAAAAAUUUUAUACUAUUAAUUUCUUUUUAUCCAUAAUGGAUUUACCUGGACCAAUACAUGAGAUUCUUAUGCUAUUUGGGGGAUUUAUUCUUCUACUAGGGGGUCUAGGAGUAGUAUUACUUACCAACCCCAUUUAUUCUGCCUUUUCGCUGGGAUUAGUUCUUGUUUGUAUAUCCUUAUUCUAUUUUUUAUUAAAUUCCUACUUUGUAGCUGUCGCACAACUUCUUAUUUAUGUGGGAGCCAUAAAUGUCUUGAUCAUAUUCGCUGUAAUGUUCGUAAAUGGCUCAGAAUGGUCUAAAGAUAAGAAUUAUUGGACUAUUGGAGAUGGGUUCACUUCACUCGUUUGUAUAACUUUUGUUUUUUCACUAAUGACUACUAUCCCAGAUACGUCAUGGUAUGGAAUUCUUUGGACUACAAGAUCAAACCAAAUAGUAGAACAGGGUCUCAUAAAUAAUGUUCAACAAAUUGGAAUUCAUUUAGCAACCGAUUUUUAUCUUCCGUUUGAACUCAUUUCCAUAAUUCUUCUAGUUUCUUUAAUAGGUGCAAUUACUAUGGCUCGGCAAUAAGAAAACUUAGAAAAAGUAAAAAUUAUAAGAAUUGCAAAUCUAAAAUAAAUAACUAAAGAAUCACAAUUUUGAUUUAGUAAAACCCAUCUACUGCCAACAAAUACCUCCUUUCUUUUCUCUUUUGUUGUGUAAUUGUUCUAUUGUAAUUAAUUGAAUCGGUUCAAUUCUUUGCCCUCAUAUUGAAAUGAAUCGAGAUUGAUAAGGAGUUAGUUAAUGAUGUUUGAGCAUGUACUUUUUUUGAGUGUCUAUUUAUUUUCGAUUGGUAUCUAUGGAUUGAUCACAAGCCGAAACAUGGUUAGAGCUCUAAUAUGUCUUGAACUUAUACUGAAUUCAAUUAAUCUAAAUCUCGUAACAUUUUCUGAUCUAUUUGAUAGUCGCCAAUUAAAAGGAGAUAUUUUCGCCAUUUUUGUUAUAGCCCUUGCCGCUGCUGAAGCCGCUAUUGGACUAUCCAUUCUUUCUUCCAUCCAUCGUAAUAGGAAAUCCACUCGUAUCAAUCAAUCUAAUUUAUUGAAUAAUUAGACUUUUUAAUAAUUAGACAUAAAAUCCUCUAAACAAAGGCGCACAUAUUAAAAUAAUAUAGAAAUCCAUACUAUUUUCUUAGUAUUAUUUGAGAAUAUCCUUUUUUUUUUAGUAAGUAGGUUAUUGCAUAGUAUUCUUUUUCACUUAAAUGAAUUUUUGUAUUUGUAAUUCAUUGAUAUUGCAAUAUUCAAAUUGCAAUAAUUUAUAUUGAAAAGACGAUAGCCAAUAAAAUAAAUUGGCUAAUUCGAAAUCGUCUGUACAAUUUGUAAAAUUCUUUCUUAUUGUUGAAGUCCAAAAUUCAAGUCUCUUGGCUCUUUUCACGCUUUCUCACAAACGGAUUAAAAAAUAGAUUUUUAAUUUUGAAGUUUGGAUAAACCAUUGCUUCGUCUGGUGUCUACAAUACAUAUGACUCAUAUAGUACUAAUUUUCUUUUUACCAGAUCGAAAAAUUUUAUGUUGAAAAGAAAAAUUUAUAGAUCCAAUGUCACAUUCCGUAAAAAUUUAUGAUACAUGUAUAGGAUGCACUCAAUGUGUACGAGCUUGUCCAACAGAUGUAUUAGAAAUGAUACCCUGGGAUGGAUGUAAAGCCAAGCAAAUUGCUUCCGCGCCGAGAACCGAAGAUUGUGUGGGUUGUAAGAGAUGUGAAUCUGCCUGCCCGACAGAUUUUUUAAGUGUCCGCGUUUAUUUAGGGCCUGAAACAACCCGUAGCAUGGCUCUAUCUUAUUGAUACGUUACAAAAA